GGAGGCACUAUCAGUUGGUUUACGAUCGCCAAGAGACGUGGAUCGAAAAAGUGCGGCGUAUAUUCUGAAAACGGAACUGAGAUUACUGGAAGGCAAUGCUGCUGCUGGGUGUUUUGGUCGCCUUUGUAGUCCAUUUACUAGGCGGGCUGAACGCCGCGGACCUACCCUAUGAAACUUUGCGGGAGCAGAUUAUGGAAGCGGAGAGGGUGGCCUCGCUGGGAGGAAAUAUAUGGCUGUCAUCCGACGAGGAGAAGGCCAACAGCAUCCUGAUGAACGCUAAGCGGGCGGAGAUCGCCGAAGGCCUCAAGACCCCAGAGAAGUACGCCCCGGCAAUGCACUUCUUUCAGGGCAGGCAAUACGUCCGCCAGAGCGAAGUCUUCCGGAUGAUCCAGAAGAUGCCGAAGGGCGCCUUCCUACACGGACACAACACAGGAAUGGUGACCUCCCGGUGGAUCAUCCAGAACCUGACCACCACCAACAAUCUGUACACCUGCCGCAAUGUGGAUGGACUCCUAGUAUUCACCUACGAUCAGUCUGGAUGCCACAGCGAGGUGCAGAAUGUGUGCACCGAGCGGAUUAAUGCCGAGGAUCGGGGCAAAUACGAGCGGCAGCUGGAGAAGCACAUCAAUAUGCACGGUCCCAGGCCGGAAGCCCUCUUGCCGAACCGCAAAAAGAUCUGGGAGCGCUUUGAAAAUAUAUUUACCACCGUUGAUCGACUCUACAAAUACCGACCUACCUAUUGCGCCUAUCACAAACGCCUUUUGGAGGAACUAUGUGAGGAUAAUAUUAUCUAUGCUGAGAUCAGAGCCUCACUAUCGCCUCUCUACGACGACAACAAUCGCACUCUGAGCACUUUGGAGGUGGCCAACGAACUGGAAAGGAUUGUGGAGGAGUUCAAGGCCAAGCACCAUGACUUUGUGGGCGUCAAAGUGAUUUAUGCCAAGCGCAAUCGAGCCACCGAGGAUGAGAUGUUGAGGCGCAUAACCACCUUCAAGCAAUUACAUCAUGCUAAGCCCAACUUUGUGAUAGGAUUCGAUCUGAUUGGACAGGAGGACACGGGAGAUCCGCUAAACAAGUACAUGAACCAACUUUCAGAUUUACCCAGCACGGCCAACUACUUCUUCCACGCAGGCGAGACAAAUUGGAAUGGGCGCACGGAUUGGAACAUGAUGGACGCCAUUCUGCUGAAUACAAAGCGCAUCGGACACGCCUUCGCAUUGCCCAAGCACCCACAAUUAUGGUCCACCAUCAAGAAGCGCAACAUCGCCAUCGAAGUUAAUCCCAUUUCCAAUCAAGUUCUGGGCUUCGUUUGGGAUCUGCGUAAUCAUCCGGCCAGUUUCCUGAUAGCAGAGAACUUUCCCAUCGUGAUAUCCUCCGAUGAUCCGGGUGUGUGGGGUGCCAAGGGUCUCAGCUACGACUUUUACUACGCCUUCAUGGCCUUGGCUCCGGCGGAAGCGGAUCUGCGAUUCCUCAAGCAACUGGCCCUGAAUUCCCUAAAGUACGCAGUGCUCACCUCGGAUGAACGGCGAAAGAUUAAUCGGGUGUUCCAGCGCAAGUGGCAGGAGUUUAUUGCGAAUGUAUUGAAUCCAAAGUUUUAA